GGUAAGACCGGAAGUGAGGUGGUCGCGCCGCGCUGAGGAAAUGAGGGGUGGCGGGCACGGCGCCUCUCUCUUCGGGCGGGUCGGUCGCGCCUGGCCGGGCCCGUUCUCCGCCUGGGUCCCGCAGCCGCCUCGGGCGCUGCCGUCUCCGCUUCCUCGGAGAGGUCUUGCUGCCACACUCCCUAGGAAUUCGUAUGACGUGAGAAGAGUUGAAAUCACUCCCCUGGAGCAGAGGAAGGUAACUUUUGACACUCAUGCCUUAGUGCGGGAUCUGGAAACCCAAGGCUUUGCCAAAGAACAAGCAGAGACCAUCGUGUCAGCAUUAAUAACCCUCUCAAAUGUCAGCUUGGAGACAGUCUAUAAGGACAUGGUUACCCAGGCUCAGCAGGAAAUAACUUUGCAGCAGAUCAUGGCACAUCUGGACUCCAUUCGAAAAGACAUGGUCAUCCUGGAAAAAAGUGAAUUUGCAAACUUGAGAGCAGAGAAUGAGAAAAUGAAAAUUGAACUAGAUCAAGUUAAACAGCAGUUAAUGAACGAAACCAGUAAAAUCCAAGCUGACAGCAAGCUAGACAUAAACCUAGAAAGGAGCAGAGUGACAGAUAUGUUUACAGAUCAAGAGAGGAAAUUGAUGGAAGCAACUACAGAGUUUCAUAAAAAAGAUUCGAAUACCAACAGCAUUAUUUCAGAGAUCAGUAAUAAAAUUGACACUGAAAUAGCUUCCUUAAAAACACUCAUGGAAUCAAAUAAACUCGACACGAUACGUUACUUGGCAGCUUCGGUUUUCACUUGCUUAGCAAUAGCACUGGGAUUUUACAGGUUCUGGAAAUAGUUCUAAACUGAAUGACCCCAUUAAACACAGGUGGAGAAAAGGCCAGCCAGGCUGCAUCUGCCAAACCAUCACAUCCGUGCUGUAGGUCACCGUGCUACCUCCAGUUUUGAUAUUCUUGUUCUGAUUAUUGUGAACAGUGUUUUCUGACUGUGUAACACUAACAACUGAAGUAAUAUGAGGGAGAAGUUGGCGAAUAAUAGUAAUAUUUCAAUAUCUCCUAUUGAAUAAUGUAUAUAUUUCAAAAGACUGUGUAUUCAAUCACAAAGUGUUUCCUAAUGGGCUUCAGAAUCACGUUUGUUGUCUUCUAAAACAUUGCCAGUGCUCUCAUCUCUGUUCCAAAUGGAAAUACUGAACAUUCAGCAUGCCUGUGGAAAUACCUGACUUCUGUUUCUAAAUUAGUAUUACUGAUAUGGGAGAACUGCAGCAGAUUCCAAGAGAUGUACUGUGAUCCAGGCAGUCACCUUACGUAUAGGAGCUGGGUGUUUGUUCCUCUCUUUUCAAUGGGUUUCAAGCCUGAUUCUUUGGUUAUAUGUUUUCAUAAAUAUGUAUGAAAACAUCAACAUAUGUAUAUAAAAUACACACUCCAAGGCCUUUUCUAAAGAAUCCUUGCUUUUCUUGAAAAAUGGUUUACAUAAAUUUAAAAUCUUGUGUAGAACUAAAAUGUUUCUACAGAUUUAUUUAUUUUUAAUAUCCCUUAAAAUUCUUGUAAGCCCAGAGGUCAACAGAAAGGGAGAACUUCAUUUCUCCAAGGGGAAGUGCUGUUGUUCUGACUGACUGCAGACAGCCCUGGGACAGAUAAGUGCUCUUAACUCCUCCCUUCAAGCAGUGCUGAGUACUCUCAAUAAACCUUCAUGUAUUUUCUGGGUAUGGGAUCUGGUUGUGCCACAGAAGUGCUCCUUCAGAGCAGUCUGUGAUGCUGUGGGCCUCUUUCAGCUUCAGGAGAUGAGAGCCUGACUACAGCAAGGACUUCUCAGUCUAGCUGCAGAGUCAGGAUGUGAUGGGUGGAUGCCUUCCAAAACCGAAGCAGUCGGAUCGGGUACAAAUGCCUGUGCUUUUCAUUUGACUCCUUUUAUUUUCAAAACAUCUUCCUGGUUUAAGCUUUGUUCAGAAUAAGCACUUUGUGGGCUACAGAGUUUAUAGUUCUGGAUAGCGGCAGGUUUUCAAUUGCAGUUCUGUUCUGUUUUCAGUUGAACUUGCUGGUAUCUUGCAAAUUCUUGUAUUCUGUGCAUGAAGUUAUGUAUUUAAUGUGUACAUUUAAGAAAAUAAAAUGGAUUUCUUACA